AUGAGUGACCAUAACACAUCAAAAAAGAAGAACAAGGGAAAAAGUACAUUAGAUGCAUAUUUAAAAAAAAAAAAAAGAACACAAGAGGAUAGCACAACAUCUCCAAUUGCUCCUCAAAAUCAAAAUGAGAAUGAAGCUUCUCCUUCUGCUCCAUAUACAACUGCUCCAACUAGAGAAAGAGUAAAUCAAUUUGAUAUCAACUCUAUCUCAUAUGAUCCUGGACAAAGGAAAAGAAUUACCGAUUAUCAUCCUGAUGAUCAAGAUGCAGUUCGAAGAGCAUAUAUUCAAAGAAAAGUUAUUCAGCCACGUGAUCAUAACUUUCAACAAAGAUUUGUUAGAGGUGGAAUGCGUCGUUUUAAUCCUGACUGGUAUGAUGCUUACAAAACUUGGCUUGAGUAUAGUAUUGCAAAAGAAGCUGCAUUUUGCUUUGUUUGUUAUCUGUUUAGAGAUGAUAUAGGUGUUGUGGAUGGCGAUGGACAUGAUGCUUUUGUUACAAAAGGUUUUCAAGGUUGGAAUAGACCACGUGCUUUUUCUAAGCAUGUUGGUACUAUUAAUAGUGUUCAUAAUAAGUGUAUGGAGAAAUACAAUGCUUUAAUUGAUCCACAAGCAUCUAUUCAAAAUGUUUUAUCUCCAGUAACUCCGCAAGCUAGAAAGGAUUACCGAACAUGUUUGAUUGCUUCACUUGACUGUUUGAGAUACCUUUUACUUCAAGGUAUGGAGAUUCGUGGUCAUGAUGAGAGUGAAAAUUCUUUUAAUCGGAGAAAUUUUCGUGAACUUUUAAAAUGGUAUGCUAAAAGGAAAAGUUGUUUUGAAAAAUGCACCGGGAAAUAA